GCCAAAAGUCGUUCUUUUCGCAGCACCAUCACCUCGUGUUGAUUUGGUGCCGUUUCGUUGCUCGACGAAUUUUCUCAUUUUUUCCGUGAGAAUCUUCCGAAAAAUACAUCAGAAUGAGUCUGUACAAUUUCAAGAAAAUAAUGGUGGUGCCGCCGGCAAAGGCCUUCAUAGAUAUUAUGCUCUCGAAGACCCAGCGGAAGACGCCGACUGUGGUCCAUAAGCAUUACAAAAUCAGCCGAAUCCGGGCGUUCUAUAUGCGGAAGGUGAAGUAUACCCAGCAGAAUUUUCACGAUCGUUUGUCGCAGAUUAUUCAGGAUUUUCCCAAGUUGGAUGAUGUUCAUCCGUUUUACGCGGAUUUGAUGAAUGUACUGUACGAUAAGGAUCAUUAUAAGCUGGCGCUUGGGCAGCUUAACACGGCCAGACAUUUGAUCGAUACCGUGGCGAAAGAUUACGUGCGUUUGUUGAAAUUUGGAGAUUCGUUAUAUCGAUGCAAACAACUGAAAAAAGCUGCCCUCGGUCGGAUGGCCACCAUCAUGAAACGACAGGCAUCAAAUUUGACCUAUCUGGAGCAAGUGCGUCAGCACUUGUCCCGUCUACCAUCCAUCGAUCCGUACACCAGAACCAUUAUUAUUUGCGGUUUUCCCAACGUGGGCAAAUCAAGUUUCAUAAACAAAGUUACAAGAGCCGAUGUCGAGGUGCAGCCAUACGCGUUUACAACGAAAAGUUUGUAUGUUGGCCACAUGGAUUACAAGUAUCUCAGAUGGCAAGUUAUCGAUACGCCUGGAAUCCUGGAUCACUCUUUGGAAGACAGAAACGUGAUCGAAAUGCAGGCCAUCACGGCGAUGGCUCAUUUGAGGGCAUGCAUCUUAUACUUCAUGGAUAUUUCCGAACAGUGCGGACACUCGGUUGAAGAGCAGGCCAAACUGUUUGAAAGUAUUAAACCUCUGUUCGCCAACAAACCUUUGGCUUUAGUGCUAAACAAAACCGAUAUCAUAACGCUGGAUGAGUUAGACGCGGACAAAAGGAAAAUCAUCGAUGAUCUCGUUGAUGACAUUGAGGAAAUUCCGAUUUUGCAAAUGUCCACCGUUACGGAGAAGGGAGUUAUGGAGGUCAAAACCGAGGCCUGCGAGCGUUUGCUCGGAUAUCGUGUUGAUCAGAAGUUGAAGACCAAGAAGAUCGAAGGAGUUCUAAACAGACUGCAUGUGGCAAUGCCCGAGAAGCGAGAUGACAAAGAGCGUCCACCAUGCAUACCAGAAUCGGUACUGGCCGCUCGGACAGCCAAUGCGGAGAAGAUUGCUCGUCGUCAGCGCAAACUCGAGAAGGAAAUCGAGCAGGAGAUGGGAGACGAAUACACGUUGGACCUUAAGAAAAACUACGCCGAUAUUGCGGAAGAAGAGCGAUACGAUGUCAUUCCUGAGUUUCUUAAUGGUGUUAACAUUGCAGACUACAUUGAUCUGGAUAUCUUCGAGAAGUUGGAGGAACUUGAACGCGAAGAAGGCCUCCGGUUGGAAUCAGGAUUCUACGAUCCUCCUCCACUCAAUCUUGAUGAAACUUUGUUGGAGAUUCGCGAAAUGGCCAAGCAGAUCCGUCUCAAACGGUUCAUGCUCAAGGAUGCCCGAAAGAUGCAGCUGAAGAGCGGUCGCCCUGUCAUGCCUAGACAUAAGCAGGCAACGGUACGUGAUAGAAAGGUGGAUAACCUGCGUAAGACCAUGGAAAACCUCGGAGUUGAUAUGUCUGAAACCGAUAACACAAACUUCGCCAAGAGUCAGGUCAGCAUAAAACGCAGUCUUAUACCGGCUGUUGGUGGACCCAAGACACCCAAGAAGGAUCGGGAAUCGUCAGCCAUUGUCAAGGCUACCGGUCAGUUGAUCAAGAGGAGAACUCCUGGACACGAACUUGGUAUCAAGGAUGUAAUGAUCAAGAAGAAGGCGAAGGUUAUGGCGAAACACGACAUCGCCAAGCGGGUUACGAAAAUGUCCCGAAAGGGCGAAGGCGAUCGUCACAUACCGGAUCUGAUGCCGAAGCAUUUGUUCGCUGGCAAACGAGGCUCUGGCAAGACAGAUCGUCGUUAAGGUGUCUGUUCCGUGUCCUGCUCGUGGGAUGUCUUGUAAUUAUAAGUUUCGCAUCUAGAUUUAUACAUUUUUUGAUAACCGGCAAAGCAAAAUAUCGAGUAACGUUUGUUGAUUAAAACGAUUCAAUAAAACAUGCAUAACUGGA